CGAAAAUCGUUCCGAGUUGCGAGUUCUCUUUAAAAAGUGGGAAAUUCUUAACUUUUUCGGCCUUUUUCGUGCGUGUUUGAACAAUUUCGAGUCAUUUGCAACUCCCGUCGUCGUUCUCGUUCGAAGCGUUCUAGGCCUUCCGGACCAAGAAGCGAAAAAGUGCGACGAAGAAAGAACAACAAUAAAUUCCGUCGCGAUAAAUUCGUUCACGGUUUGCCAGAAUCCUACGGCACGAGAGGAAUUGAUUUACGCACAAGCGGACGGUCAAACGAGUCCAGAGUUUAGGUGUAAAGUCAGUGGGUCAGGGGCGGCCUGCGGUUACGGAAAAUACGCAAAAAGACGGAACCUGCCAUGUGCCGCUUCACGGAUCCUGUUCCGGAAUUGUAAUUAUUUCUACGUCGUCGUUAAGCAUCGGGAAUUCCGCACGAGCGUGCGAUCGUGGACAGAAAAUCACCCUUUCAACCCACCCCUGGGUGGGAGGCGCAUCGGAAGCAUGUGAAACGGUUGCAGGUGGUGUUUAUGUUUAGAAUAAACAAUAUUACAUCACACUACGGUGGCCGCCGCAAAGGCCAAGAGGUCGCAUUCCGUAACUAGCGUCCGCCGCGAACCGCAAAGGAUUUUACGCUAGUGCUUUCGGCGAUGGACAGCAACAAGAACGAGGACUACACUACGACCAGCGGCACCACUAUCGGCAACAAUAGCAGUAGCGGCAACAACGGGGGACAUUUCGCCGGCGGUGGUAAUCCGGCUGGCGUCGAUGCAGGUUGCAUUGUCGUGAAAGCGGUAUCCGCUGCCAAAUAUCAGAACCAUUUCAACAACAACAAUCUGAUCGAGCAGGAAAACCUGAUGCCGCCGGUGAACGAUAAUAGAAUGCUACGAAACGAGCACGAAGCGGCGAACGGUGUUACGGUAGAAGUUCCGAUCAAAGAUAAAGUGUUUAGCGAAAAUGGUUCGACACGAAGUAGCUCUCUGUUUGCGCAAUUAACACCGACAACUGCACCAUCGGCAUGCCGUAGCAACGGCGAGGAACAGUUGCUCAUCAACCACACAGCAAGCGUGGAAUGCCUUACGAAUAGCUUUAGCGGAACAACCAACGGUGUAUCGAGUGCGUACAUCCGGACACCGAAUGGCGUGGCCGUCAAUGGUGACAAUCCUACCGAGGAACCACAGGCACAGCUCGUUAACGUGGCCAAUGCAAAACCGGAUGAGGGGGCAGCGCCUGUGCCGGAUGAGGGUGACUUUUCCGACAACAAUUCGAUCGGCAACCUGUCGUACAUCAGCGAAAACGGGUUGGUAGAGGAAAUCAUUCUUCUGCCGAACAAUGCCUACUCGGACGAUGACAAUGGAUCCACCUCGGAUGACUGCAUCUAUGCAUAUCGUGGCGGUGAACCGGGCGGAAUAGCGGGCCAACUGCUGGAACUACGCGGUGAUCAACCGCCCGACGACGAAACUGACUUUCUCGAGAUGGACUUCGAUCCGGAGCCGAGCUCGGAGAUGGAAAAUUUCGAUAGCCACCGCGAAGCGACGCUGGGUGAUGAUGAUGGCAAUGGUGGGGCCUUUGCACUUGGCCGCUCGGGAGAAAUUAACGCUACCGUGGAUCGUGCCGUAAGGAACGGAUCUCGGGAGUCCUCGCUAGUAUCGUCGCCCCAUCAGCGACUGGAAUCGGAACCGAAAGAAUCACACAAUCAAUCCCCGGACAAACAGGAGCACAGUGAAAACGAUUCAGAAGACUAUCCAGAUGGCAGCUUGCUACCGUCACCGACAGGAGGGAUGGCAGUUUUGUCCCACUUUCCGGCGGUGGCAGAGCCUUCCCUAUCGGAGGAGCAUUCAACCAAACACGAAGGACAGGAAUCAGUGAAAGCAACGGCCAGUGAAGAAAAGCGCCACACGGAAAGUCCCCUGGAGCGAAUACAAGAUCACCAAACCGGUGCCAUUCCGAAGAACGUUCCGACGCACUACGUUGCUGCCUCCCCAAUCAAUCUGGAAUGUCCGGCACCAACACGUGGUUCCUCGAAUUCUAAGAAUCUAAAGCUUGAUCUAAACUUGUGCGGUACUAGGUCCACAUAUCCGUACUAUGACCAACGAGCUUACGUCGAUUACAUACUUCCUACGGAACAGCAUCGUCCGAUGCCUAUCGGUGGAGGGGAGGAAGAGGAGGAAAACAGUUGCUUGGAUUGUGCCGAGCAGCAGUUCCUAAUGGCUACCAAGCAGGAUCACACACUACAGCGCCAGUGCAGAGUUUGCUCAGCGAAAGGACGCCGAGCUCGACAGUCGAAUGCCUCGAAAUCCAGUGGCCGAGGUACGGAUGGUCGACAGUUGCCCGAGUUUUACGGAUUCAAUGAUACCGGGCAGCAUCACUACGAUGAGCCGGUAUCGGUAUGUGGUGGCGAUGAGUCCGUGGAGGAAAUGUUGCUGAACAUGCGGGCAGAACAGCUAGCAUUUGAAGCUCUGAACAAAGUGAAUGCCCUGAAGGAAACGCCACCCAGUAGCGGUCAUUCGCAGAGUGAGGAGAGCCUUUUCCGGACUGUACGUUCUACUGCUGCGAGUAGCGCACUAUCGGUGGCACAACCCACAUCCAGCAACCAACCGGACCAAGAAGUGCCCCUUGAUUACUUCCAAGGAGGCUGUCCUGAGCACACGGUAACCAUCUACACGAUUAACUGUGGUGAGCUGACAAUAAUCGAGGCUUUGACACGCAUCGGGGUUGCUCCUAACUUGGAUGUACUGCGGCAGUACUUCAAUGAACAGUACGAGGUGGACACAUCAAAGAUGAACAUCCCGAAGUACUUGUUGCACAUGUCGAAGCGUGAUUGUAACUAUAAGAAACUGAUCGAGGCCAUCAAAUCCUGCUGUGAUGAUGAAACGUUAGACGUUCAAUACUACCCGCUGGACCCCUUUUCCGAUACGCCAGAGAUUGUACAGAUCAGUUCGUGCGAGAUCGCGAAACGAUGGACCGCAAACACCAACCUGCGACAGUUGAUACAUUUCAAGCACAAACACUUUCACACGCUCAACGUCCUCGGUAAAAUCGUUAACAUACUGCGGCAACCGUCACGCGGUAGGCAUACCAAUCACAUGGUCAGCAUCCCGCAGUACUACAAAAGUGGUUCCAUCACCAUCACCCGAAUAGACUCCUGAGGACGGCUGCUGCUACCGGCUGUCAGUCCAAGAUCAUCACCCUCAUCGAUAGGACUCCCUUUCCCAGUACUGUUAUCUCAGUGAGCUUGACCUUAUAGCUGUUAUCCUUUCUUCCUCCACAUACAAACAGACACAACCCGUGAACACACAUUACGCCUAAUGCAUAGUGCGCUUAUUGGCGUAAGCUAUGUUUUAUUGUUCGCCCGUUACGCUUACUGAUCAUAUUGCAUAUUCUUUCUGGCGCACCGCCGGGCUACAAUCGUCCCUUGUUCAAAUGGAUUCUCUGUAAAUAUUAGGUAGCGUCUUAUUUAUUCUACGGUACGCGCGGGUUCGUGGCGACACACAGCAGUGCGCGCCGUUUUAUCAGGAGCUGCAACUUAUUUGGUCAGCAAGACUACACAUACCUUUUGGUUUAAGGUGCGAAUUUUGCCAUAGAAUUGAGGGAAAUUCAAAUGACAAAAAAAGAUGAACACAGAAUAGGAAAACUAUGGGAUUUGUUUGGCUUUUUGGCAGCAGCGGCUGGCCAUCGAUUUGUUCGUUUUCAUUUUAAUUUCUUUAGGACUCCGAUCCCAAAUACCAAAUUAAUAGGUUAACGAAAUUGUAUUUGCUAAGAUUCUACCGAUACCACGGUGGUGUGGGAGUGGCAUCAAUGAUACUCUUUAUCAGAAAAAUACCUAACACACAGCGUUGCUUGAUAGCUACCACCCGCUCGACAUUUUAUACUCCUCCACCGUCCGCCCAAAACUGCAUCCGGCUGCAUAUCUUGGCUAACGGAAACGGAAAAGAUAUCCAGAAAAAACGAAAAAAAAAGAACGCGCGGAAGAACUUAUGGAAACAAUAAAACGUGAAAGGUUUUGAUUACCGUAUUAUAUACAUUCGUAUACACGUAAGCGAAGCACCUUGCGGGCCACGUUGCGGUAUCUGGCACGGGCUGUCGGAUCGAGAAAGAGAGAAAGAGAGAGCGGGGAACCCAGGGCUGGGUUGACGGACACAAUUUUUACACCAACUCGAUGGCCUUCACCACUUCCCCACGUGUACGAUCAAUUUCUGUACGUUCGGUGCCGGGGAUGCCACCACGCAGCGCACUAGCACGCAGCAACAAUUCGAAGACCAAUAUCGAACAGAAAUAAACAAACAGUAU